CCAGGCUCAUCAUUGAGGGAAUCUGUUAGGGACUAUAGAAUGAGACAGCAUUGCUGUAACACUCAGUGGAGAGCCAGCUGGAAAUUCACCCAAUGUAUAUAGUAUGUGCUAGAUUCGCUCCCAGGCAUGAGGCUGCUAUUUUUAGAAGCUUUUUUCUUAUUGCAGAGCAGAAGUGGGAGAGCUGCAAAGUGGUAAGGAGACAAAAAGCAAAAGGGAGAAAGCCCGUAAAAUAUAAAAUACAAAAAAGAGGAAAAGCGGAAUCCGACCACUGCAUGAAAGCAGCAGCCCUUCAGAAGAGCGCAAGCUUUACUCCAACUGUACUGGAUGCGAAUUUCCCUGUGACCAGUAGGAUCUAACUCCAAGAGUGAAAAUGGAUUUUGUAAUGAAACAGGCCUUAGGGGGGGCCACAAAGGACAUGGGGAAGAUGCUGGGAGGGGAAGAGGAAAAGGAAAAGGAUCCUGAUGCUCAGAAAAAGGAAGAGGAGAGGCAAGAAGCUCUGCGGCAGCAAGAGGAGGAACGGAAGGCUAAGUAUGCCAAAAUGGAGGCAGAGAGAGAAAAAAUCCGACAACAAAUAAGAGACAAGUAUGGUCUGAAGAAGAAAGAAGAGAAAGAAGCAGAAGAAAAAGCAGCUCUGGAGCAGCCUUGUGAGGGCAGUUUGACGCGCCCUAAGAAAGCUAUUCCAGCUGGUUGUGGAGAUGAUGAUGAUGAAGAAGAAGAAAGCAUUUUGGACACUGUACUCAAGUAUCUCCCAGGACCACUUCAGGACAUGUUUAAAAAGUAACCAUGACAAACAACAUUUUGGGACUUCUGCUCCAGCCAAACUCACGUUCUGCUAUAAGCAAAAGGAAAGCUAAUCAAAUCCUUGACUAAAAGAAAUUCUGUCACAAAAGCACACACUCAGUAUAUGACUAAGGACACACAGACAAAUCCCUGCAUACAGAUGCAUUGGCCCACAUAUGUUUACAGAUGAUAUUUAUCUUACUGACUUGUUUUUUGUUUUUAGAAAUGACUCUCUUACUGCCUAUAUUAUGUUGUAUGGACCAAAUUUGUCACUGCUAUUUAAAAUCCAGUAGUGAUGAGGUUUACAAACCUGCCCACUUUGUAGCUAAACGAAAAAUGUGCAAAGAAGGGUAGGAACCAAGGGAACAAGGGGUUAAAUUCACCCUGCAUUUAUUUGCUAAAUGAUAACUGCCUAAAAUAGCUUGAGCACUAUAAUCAAAUCCAUCUAAUAAGAAAGAGUGCUGAAAACAUGCCUCCGGUGAGGGUACAAGGAGAUUAAAAGUGACGAGUUCAGCUGUAGAUCCACUCUCUUGUCAUAUGUUUGGGAAAAGCCUAUGGAGAAACCAAGUUGUAUUUCCAUUGGUCCUUUACUCAGCAUGUUGGAUUUGUGUCACUUUUUACUCAUCUUUCCUUGUCUCUGCCAAACUAUCGAAACCUGCACUAGAUCUCUCUCUGACAAUGUCUUUCUGACGCCUUUCCUAAAGAGAUGGAAACAUUGUGCAUUCCUACACACUAAUAAACAACCAAUGGUGCGACAUAUUAUAGACCAAUCUAAACUGUACAUCUUUUUUUUCCAACGGUUGUCCUUGAUAAGACAAAAAUGAAAGAGUUAUUGAGGACUCGAGCUGAACCUCACAUGGACUCUGAUAUGGACCAAAAGACUUCUGUUUUAGAUUUUUAUGACUGUAAUGCUGAUUGCAUGCUUAGGGGGAAAAUAUGUAUGGGUUUGAUGCCUUUUUU